AAAGCAUAUAUUCAAGAAAAAUAUCACUUAGUGCUCAGGAUACAAUAACGUUUGAAGUACGCGACACCACGUUAAAAAAGGUUAGGAUUUUAAAACUUUAUUUAUACUGGAUAGCUCUAUCAGUUCUAAACUAUGCGGGACAUUUCUCCAAUACGGAAAUCUCUCUAAUAAGACGGACACCUCUCUAAUAACACCUCUCUAAUACAGACACCUCUCUAAUACAGACACCUCUCUAAUACAGACAUCUCUCUAAUACAGACACCUCUCUAAUACAGACACCUCUCUAAUACAGACAUUUCUCUAAUACAGACACCUCUCUAAUACAGACACCUCUUUAAUACAGACAUCUCUCUAAUACAGACAUCUCUCUAAUAUGGACGCCUCUCUAAUACAGACAUCUCUCUAAUACAGACACCUCUCUAAUACAGACACCUCUCUAAUACAGACAUCUCUCUAAUACAGACACCUCUCUAAUACAGACAUCUCUCUAAUACAGACAUCUCUCUAAUAUGGACGCCUCUCUAAUACAGACAUCUCUCUAAUACAGACACCUCUCUAAUACAGACACCUCUCUAAUACAGACAUCUCUCUAAUACAGACACCUCUCUAAUACAGACAUCACUCUAAUACAGACAUCUCUUUAAUACAGACAUCUCUCUAAUAUGGACACCUCUCUAAUACAAAACGCUCUCUAAUACAGACACCUCUCUAAUACAGACACCUCUCUAAUACAGACACCUCUCUAAUACAGACACCUCUCUAAUACAGACACCUUUCUAAUACAGACACCUCUCUAAUACAGACACCUCUCUUAUACAGACAUCUCUCUAAUAGAGGCAUCUCUCUAAUACAGACAACUCUCUAAUACAGACAUCUCUCUAAUACAGACACCUCUCUAAUACAGACACCUCUCUAAUAUGGACACCUCUCUAAUACAAAAAUCUCUCUAAUACAGACACCUCUCUAACACAGACACCUCUCUAAUACAGACACCUCUCUAAUACAGACACCUCUCUAAUACGGACACAUAUCUAACUUGAUGCUCUUGUCUCUCUCUAGGUAGAACAAUCGUCAUUAAAAGACAUCAAAUCCAUCUCCUGGGGUGAAGGGUUUGCAGUGACGUAUUCCAUAACAGAUAGAACGAGUUUUAACUCAGCAUUACAAAUAAUCUCUGCUAUUCAUGAACAAAAGAAAACGAAGGACGUCGUGAUUGCUUUGGUUGGAAAUAAAAAAGAUUUAGAGCAUUUUAGAUCAGGUGAGAUUCUAGGAUCGUAUUUAAGUUUUCAAAACCUAAAUCGUUUUGGCGCUCCUCUCAAAAUUACUUUGUUUUGGCUUUAUUUUGUAGUUUACACAGUUAGCAACCUUUUUUAAUGUAUCUGGCGGUUGAGAAACACAAAAUAAUAGUUAAAUAUUGUCAAUUUAAAUACAAUUAUCAUUAAUGCAAAAUUAUUGACGCCAUAUUUAUACAGCAAUAGAAGGAAAACUGAACUUCAUACAUCAUUUUCUCUUUGGCGUACCAUCUAAAAUCUCUUCAUUUUAGCAUAAUUUUACAGAUAAAGCACUAAACAUACUUUUUAAAGUUUGUUUGUCGCUUGAGAAACGAAUCAAAAAUUUAAAAAUUUGAAUAUAGUCAUAACCAAGUGGAAAAGUACAUUCAUUAGUCUUGAGCGCGUGUUACGUAACAUACAAAAGAUUCUUCUCUUAAUAACUUGAUUACUGAAUCAAUAAGAGAUAAUCCUUACUGGAUAUCUAGGGAGAACAGUUUAGAACUUAUAGAGCAAUAUCCAGUAUAGAGCUAUAUCCAGAAUAAAUAAAGUUAGUUUAGUUUAGGUUUCCUCCUGUAGUAACAGUGGAUCAAUAAGAGAUGAUUCUUACUGAACCUCUAGGAAGAACAGUUUAGAACUGAUAGAGCUGUCCAGUAUAAAUAAAGUUAGUUUAGUUUAGGUUUCCUUCUGUAGUAACACUGGAUCAAUAAGAGAUGAUCCUUACUGAACCUCUAGGAAGAACAGUUUAGAACUGAUAGAACUAUCCAGUAUAUUUAAUAAAGUUAGUUUAGUUUAAAUCUAGUCUGCAAUAUAACUUUAUGAUUUUUAAUGAAUUAUUCCUCUCUUUCUACAGUUCCACGAGAGGAAGGGAACACAGCCGCUCAUCAAUUAGGAUGUCUUUUCUUUGAACUCUCGGCCUCAGAGGAGUUAGAUAAUGUCCGCGCGGCCUUCUCCGCAAUUCUGGAAGGCGUCAGACGUCGAAAGGUUCGCUGGAAACCCUCGGUUAAGAAAGUGAACUCAUUACCAAGGACAAAAAAGACAAACGUUCGUUACUUGAACGUAUUUUCGAAGUUAAAACACGACAAAAAGCGACAGGUCUCGUUAAAAUAA